AUGUCUGCGCAAGCCUCGCCACUCUCUUCACCGCGCCAGACUCCCUUAUCACCCAACAGCAACAGCCAAGAUGACGGACAAACCCCUCACCUCUUGUCGCUCAAGGUGAUGCGUCUAUCGCGUCCGCUCAUGGCGACCAGCGCUCCAGUCUACUACGAAGGGUCAUCAUACCCACCACUUGUUGAAGGUUUAGAAUCGCUCAACAUUUCAGAUCUCACCGCAUCACACCCCAUUGAACUCCCCAACGACAUCCAAAUCCGCGACUUUGGCCUAAGCCAGCUACUUCAACUCCCUUCGUCAUUUGGCAAUAUAUAUCUUGGCGAGACAUUCAGCACACUUGUCAACAUCAACAAUGAAGGGCAGCAACAGCAUCCGAACGGCGUUGCUGCACACCAGGUCAACGUCAAGGUUGAGUUACAAACAUCAUCACAGCGGUUCAACUUGAGCGACACAAACUAUGAGCAACUCGACACCACAUUGGCAGUGACAGUGUCGCAUGAAAUAAAGGAACUUGGAGUGCAUAUCCUGGUAUGCACGGUACAAUACAUGACCGAUGACGGACGACGGCGUCAUUUUCGCAAAUUCUACAAGUUCCAAGUGUCGAAUCCGCUUGCAGUCAAAACCAAAGUGAACAACAUGAUUGAUGGGCGCGUGUUUCUCGAAGCGCAGCUACAGAAUGUUUCAGCGGGACCCAUGUUUCUCGAACGCAUGAAAUUCGAGCCGUCGGAGCACUUUGACUUCCAAGACUUGAACACGAUUGUUGUCGCCAGCAGUAACAAUGACAGCAACAUUGGUGACAGUACUAAUGCAGCCAGUGAACUCGUGUUUGGCACCAACUUCAUCCAUCCGCAAGAUGUACGUCAAUAUUUGUAUAUGCUGACGCCCAAGGAUCCGCAGAAUGACAGGAUUGCUCGUACGACCAACGCACUGGGCAAAUUGGAUAUAGUGUGGCGAUCGGCGAUGGGGGACCUCGGAAGAUUGCAGACAUCCCAGUUGACGCGUAAAGCACCUCUGCUGGAUGACGUCGAAGUGCAGCCGUUCUGGUUGCAAAAGGGCCAGGCUGCCGACGUUGUUUUGGAGACACCGUUCCAGCUGGGCAUCCGCGUCCGGAAUCAUUCGUCGCAGAACAUGAAACUGGUGCUGUCAGCGGUCAAGACAAAGAUGGGAUCGGUCUUGUUGAGUGGGUUGAGCACACGCAAUUUAGGCGAGGUUUCAGCCAACCAGUCGACAGAGACGCAGCUCGAGUUUUUCCCUUUAACGCCCGGUCUACAGAGAGUAGGCGGCUUGCGCGUGGUGGACUUGUUGACAGGAUAUACGAAGGACAUUGACCAUUUGUGUGAUAUGUACGCUUGCAUGAAUUUCCAUAACCCUUGCAAUAAUUACUUGUUGUUCCCGUUCUUGUUUUUAGUAAACAAUCUUUACGACUAUGGCACAAAGAUGCAGGCUAAGCCAGAAACCAUCGAGUUUUUUGAGUUGUACGAGGCGCUGCGUCAAGGCAAGAUGCCAAACAACAACCAGCUGUCCCAAGUGCUCGAUCGUCUUUUGGACAUUCGUGCCAUCAACGAACGUCAGCACAUGAUGUCGCCCGACGGCCAAAAGCUGUUGGCAGACUUCCGCGCACUUAUCCAGACGCUGCAGACGGCGCUCCACGUCAAAAACCGUGAUCAGCUGUUCCAAUCGCUCUACUAUCACUUGCACAAUCUGAAUUUGCGGCCUUCCGACGCGCAACGGGAACGCUUCCAGACGAACAAGACAGGGCAACAGCAGUUCUCUAGUAAAGAGGAAGCCAAAAAAGGCGGCAACGCAUUUAUCAAGAUCGGCAAGCUUAUUGUGACUAACGGCCAUUUCCGCGACCAGUUGACAGAACUCAUUUCCAUCGCCCAAGAAGUUUUUGGUGAUGCCACAAACAAGCUUAGCGGUCAACUGCAAGAUACUACGCAAAAACUACAAGAAGGCACGCAAAAGAUGAAUCAGAAAGCACAACAGCUGAACGAGAAGACCGAAGACUGGAAUGCCAAGGUCCAAGACCAGUCCAAUCGGGAUCCAAACGAAAUUGUUGACGAGGCCGGUGCACAUAUCAACAAGAUGCGCAAUGCUCAGUCCAAGCAGGGCACAUCUGGCACAAACAAUGCUACAGACGAUGUCUAUGAUGAUGCGGUGGAGCAACAGGACUCCACCAUGACACAAGAUGACGUUCGGGAAAAGCUCCAAUCCCACAAGCAAGAGUGGAAGAGCCAAAUGAACGAUCAAGUGAGCCAAACCCGUAACAAGCUCCAGCAACAGCAGCAAAGUGCUAAGCAAUAUGCUCGCGACAAGUUCCCGCCCGAAAAAGUGAACGAGAUUGUCGAUCGUCUCAAGACGGUACUUGCUGAAGUGCAAUCCAACCCCGACUAUCAGGACUCCAUUGGUACCAUCUUCAAUCUUUUUGAGACCUGGGGCCAUCGUGUUGGCGGCGUCGCUCAGUCAUCUGCAGGCAUGAUGUCUCAGACAGCCCAAGAGUACGGCGCGGACCACAACUUGUCGGCUGCCCAAGAUGAAAUCAAGGCUAUCAUCGAGGACUGGGCACAAGGACGGUCAUUGGAUCCAUUGAUCCAUGGUGUUGACAUCCUCAUCAAGGACGUCAAGAGCGACCCCGACUUGCGCCAGUGUUAUGAUCAGUCGACUCAAUAUCUUCGACGCUUGUUGCAAGAGCCUAAUUAUGUCAACAAUGACCAGUCGACCGAGGAUGGCAAGUAUCUCAUCAACCGUAUGCGUGAGUUGACACGCGAUCGCCACCGCGACCAUACAGACUUUUUAAUCAACGAAGCUAAGGCCUAUAUGAGCUCUCUUGAGGACGAUCCAAUGGCCCGUGAAUUGGAGAUGCGCUUCAAGCAGAUCCAUAACGACUUGUGGCUCGAUGAAAACGGUAACACUGCCUUCAAGCCUCAGCUUUUGACAGACAUGCGCUUGACCUUGCUUCCUGUCGCUUUGGAGUUUGUCAAGUUUUUGCCAAUCCCAAGGAUCGAAUACUCUGACAAGCAGAUUGACUUGGCUCUCGAGAAUAUCGUUUUGCCUGGCGAUACUUUGUUGCCUGGAAAUGUCGAGAUGAAUAUGGACAACUAUGUUAGAUUCAGUCCCCACACUAAUGUGACAAACGCCAAUCAACAGUCCUUGUAUAUCAAAAUGUCAGACAUCCGAACGACCGUCAAGGAUGUUAUAUGGUACUUUAAGCGCAAGGUUGGCUUCCCUAAGCUUUCGGACCGUGGUGUUGCUACUGUUGUCGUCGGUGGCAGAAAGGGUCUCUCGGCAACUGCCAAAAUCAUCAGUGAUUCUAACGACCCGGUCCACACUUUCCGUGUCGCUCAAUGCAAAUGCUACAUUGAUCAGAUCAAGGUCAAAAUCAAUGGCAGCCGUCACGAUAUUCUCUACAAGACAGUCAAGCCAUUGAUGGUCGCGAUUCUCAGACGCCAAAUUGCAAAGGCUAUUGAGGCCAAGAUCAUCGAAACAGUCGAACAAGCCGACGGCAAACUUACUAGCAAAAUGACCCGACAGUACCAAGAAUCGAUGAUGAAGAACUCAUCUAUGCAAACCCUUGCAUCCAACUACCAACCGCAGCAGCAAGGCAUCACAAAGGCUACCGCACCAGUUCCUGGUCAGCACACAGCCGCUACUACUGCAGCAACUGGACGGAUGCCUAUGGCACAGCAGGAAAUGAAGCGCCCCGGUCUGUUUGUUGCGCUCUUGACCAUCAUGAACCGCUCGCUCAAAUCACAGAUGGUUUCAGGUGUUCAGAAUCAACGAGAAAAGCAUCGAAAGAAAAAGUUGGAGAAGGAAAAGAAGAAGCAAGUACAACAACUUCAACAAGAAAGGGAGUCGUCAGGCAAUGAUCUUCAGCAGCAACAAGGAGGUCAACAGACAGCCACUAGCAGCAACAACGUCCCUACUACAACCGGUGGCAAUGUUAGUACAGUCCCUGUCAUUGUCGGAUCAGACGGUCAAACCUAUAUGCAGCAAGAAGGCAAGAUGAUUCCCGUCAAUAUUGUCGGCGGAGCCACGGGUGGUGCUCCAAAUGCACCAACAACGACGCAAGGAACGAUGAACAGCGGCAGCGGCUUUUUUGGCAACAAGAACAUGCAGGACUACGUAACUGCUGGUAACCAGGACACCACCACCCAGCAAUAUCAGCCUGGCAUGAUGGCAUCCAACACGACGGGUAGAGCUUAA